UCACCUCUUGCAAAUGCACUUCACUCUGCCCCGUAUACUAACAUCUUCAGCUGGGUGUUGCUGAUCAACAAGAUCUCUCUCUCUCUCUCUCUCCGAGGUUAAUUAAAUGCAGUUUAUAGCAGACAUCCGUCUCGGGUCCUGAGCAAGAAGGAUAGAAAGUAGCAGUAACGGGCUUUUUAGAGGAUGAACUCAGGAACUCCGUGCACGAGCACGUGCAAAAUUUAGACGCUUGGAUUUUACGGCCCCACGUGAGACCCACUUAACCGAUGGAUUGAGAUUUUGCAGGUGAGAAAAGAAUGACGACUAAGUUGGACAAGAUUAGCCGGUUACCAAGGGACAUAACGGACCAAAUUCUGUCGCGCUUGCCGAUUACGGAGGCAGUGAGGACUAGUAUUUUGUUGAGAAAGUGGAGGUACAAAUGGUACUCUGUUCCACAACUUGUGUUUGAUGAUCAAUGUACCAGUGCAAGAGGAGUUCCUUCUCUUCUCCCAUCUAUGCAUGAAAACUUGGUGAAGAUAAUUGACAGGGUUCUCUUGCUUCAUACUGCCCCAAUACAGAAGUUCAAACUCUCUCACAAAGAAUUUUGCGCCCCGAGUGACAUUGACCAUUGGAUUCUUCAUCUAUCUAGAGUGUCCAUAAAAGAAAUCGUACUCGACAUUUGAAAAGAUUAGUAUUACAAGAUUCCCACCUCCUUAUUCAAUUGCCAGGAGUUGAUUCAUAUGGAACUGUACAGAUGUUUGGUGAAAAUCCCGUCGAUGUUUGAAGGAUUAAAGAAGUUGGAAAAUUUGGAUUUUCAGUAUGUUGAGGUGUCUCGGGACAGACUUGAGGCUCUGAUUUCUCGUUGCCCCCUACUAAAACGUUUGAAGUUGAGGAACUUAGGCAUUACGCGAGUUAACAUCAAAGCUCGCAACCUCGAGUUGCUUGAUGUUAGAGGAGCUUUUCAGGACGUUGCUUUCGAUUUCAUGAGACAUUUGAAGUCAGUCACGAUAGGUUUCUCUGAUGUUAUUGCUAACAAACGUGGACUUGGCCAUGCCAACUCGAGCAAUCUACACGAACUCUUUCUACAUUUGCCCAAAAUUCAGAGUUUCAAGCUUGAAAACUACUCACUCAAGUAUUUGGCUACUGAAAAUGUUCCACAGACACCACCUAAUGAACCCUUUCAUUUGAAUUACCUCUUCACAUGCAUAGACUUCAAUAAUGUGGAGGAGAUUUUACUGUUAUCUACCUGA